UCGGAGGGGGCCCGGAGCCCACGGAGCAGCUGUGGCGGGCGGCUCCCGGGACGGGGCGGGCACGGUACCGCCGUCACUAAAGGGCUCGGCGGGCGGUACUACCGGGCAGCAUUCCCUGCUGGAGCCAUGGCGAUCUGCGUGCAGCUCUACACCGGCGCCAGGAUGCCCGUCGUGGGGCUGGGCACAUGGAAGUCUGCAGCUGGGCAAGUAAAAGCUGCGGUGAUGGCUGCCAUCGAUGCCGGGUACCGCCACUUUGACUGUGCCUACGUGUACCAGAAUGAGAAUGAAGUUGGGGAAGGGAUCCAGCAGAAAAUCAAGGAAGGCGUUGUGAAAAGAGAAGACCUCUUCAUAGUCAGUAAGCUGUGGUCCACUUUUCAUGAGAAGCCUUUGGUGAAGGGAGCCUGCCAGAAGACUCUUGCUGCCCUGAAACUGGAUUACCUGGAUCUCUACCUCAUCCACUGGCCUCUGGGGUUCAAGGCAGGAGAGGAGUUGUUUCCCACAGAUGACAAAGGCAUGGCUAUACCCAGCAACACAGAUUUUCUAGAUACAUGGGAGGCCAUGGAGGAGCUGGUGGACUGUGGGCUGGUAAAAGCCAUUGGUGUCUCCAACUUCAACCAUGAGCAGAUCGAAAGAAUCUUGAACAAGCCAGGACUGAAGCACAAGCCUGCAAAUGUCCAGAUCGAAUGUAAUCCAUACCUCACCCAGGAGAAGCUGGUGAACUACUGCCAAUCCAAAGGGAUUGCUGUGACAGCCUACAGCCCCCUUGGCUCUCCUGACAGACCAUGGGCAAAGCCAGAGGAUCCUUCCCUUCUGGAUGACCCCAAGAUCAAGGAAAUUGCAGCCAAGCACAACAAAUCCACAGCCCAGGUUCUCCUUCACUUCCAGGUCCAGAGAAAUGUGAUUGUGAUUCCCAAAUCUGUCACCCCACAGCGCAUUGUGGAGAACUUCCAGGUGUUUGACUUCAAACUGACUAAAGAGGAGAUGGCAACCAUUUUCAGCUUUAACAGAAACUGGAGAGUCUAUACAAUGAGCACGGGCAAAACUCACAAGGACUACCCGUUCAAUGCAGAAUACUGAAGAUGUUCAUAUCCUGCCCUCUUUCAGAGCUUGGUCUAGUAUUUUUCCUAUCAAUUUAUCUAGCUUUCUUAUUGCAUCUCUCCUCCUGCAGCCAGUGAAGUCACAGCAGUGAUUAUCUUUUGUUUGUAUAUUUUGUGGGGUUUUUUUAUAUUCAGUGAUUAUCUUUUGUUUAUUCUUUCUGAAAGAUACAGUAAAAUUGUUCCAAAAGAAUAAACUGGGGGCUGUAAUAAUUUUCUGUCAAAAUGUGGAUUGAGUAAUCCACAUUUAGCAAGGGAGAGACUUUGAACUACACAUUCACAUCUAUAAUUUAUCCUGUUUCAACACAACAGGCUGAGGAGGAUAGUUGGCAGUUAUGGGAGAAAAAUCUGAGAAAUGUGAACUAAAGGCCAGCAGUUUUAUCACUCCAGAAGUAACUGAGAAAGGAGUUUUUCCUACUUAGGAAAAACUUUCCCUUAGGGGGAAAAAAAAAAUCCAUAAGCAGAAAGCACACAGGUGCGUGGUCGGCAGUAUCUUCAGGCAGGUUUUCUCCUGGAUUUUCCCCGGGACAGGGCACACUCCCGGCGGGCAGCAGAGGGCAGCCAGCCCUCAGCCACUCGAGCCAGCCCCAUUCCCGGCAGUGCAGGGACAUUCCCUACUGUCACCCAGCCCGGGGCUCCGGCUGCUGGCACCGGGAGCUCAGCCCCCAAAGUGCCGGCAGCCCCGCUGGCCCUGCCAGCCUCCGGGCCAGCUUCUUCUCCUGGCCGCACCCCCUGCCCCUCUAGCUCCAUCCGCAUCCCCCCUCAGCCCAGCCAGCCAUCCACCACUGCCCUUGGCCCCACAGCCCCAGGGGACAGCAGGAGGUAUUUGCUUUUGGGGCUGUGUCACCUUCUCGCUUCCUACGCCUGGGCAGGUGACCAAACACAAUCAUAAAAAGUUGCACACUGGGUGUCAAGGCAAAAGAGUAAGACUUUUGUUCAAGAAAACAAGCACCUUACGAAAUUCUUUCCAAAAGUUCCACUUUCAAAUCAUGAAAAUGUGAUCCAAGGAUGUUUGCUUUGCAGCUUCCUAAAGGAAGCAACCCACAAAACCUUCUGUAAUCCCCAGGCUGAGGUGAGACAGCUCUGCUGAGAUCAAAUACAUAUUUUUAUCAACAAUAAAGCUACAAUGUUGCUAUGAUGCAAAAAUUUA